GUAACCAGGUCAUGAUUUCUUCAAGCAGCAAACAUUUUAAACGAAAAUCGAAUUAUAUUGAAUUAACUGAAAAAGAAAUUAACGAUUUCAUUGCUCACAGUGAUGAUGAUGAUAAAACUGAUAGUAGUGAAAGUGAUUGGGAUGAUAUAGGCGAGACUGAUUUAUCAACUGUACUGUCAAGUUCAAUAACUAUAACAAAAGAUAGUACUGUUAGCAAGUCAUCUAAUGAAACUACUAACUCAUCUAGUCACAAAAUAAACGGUGGUGGUGUUGGUAUCAAAG